GGGGAUCUCACCACAUCCUCUGCCGUUCCAACCACCAUUGACAUAACUACUCCAACUACUGCUGCCCCGUUAACCCCUGACCCUCCAACUACUGCUGCCCCUUUAACCCCUGACCCUCCAACUACUGCUGCCCCUUUAACCCCUUACCCUCCAACUACUGCUGCCCCUUUAACCCCUGACCCUCCAACUACUGCUGCCCCUUUUAACCCCUGACCCUCCAACUACUGCUGCCCCUUUAACCCCUUACCCUCCAACUACUGCUGCCCCUUUAACCCCUUACCCUCCAACUACUGCUGCCCCUUUAACCCCUUACCCUCCAACUACUGCUGCCCCUUUAACCCCUUACCCUCCAACUACUGCUGCCCCUUUAACCCCUGACCCUCCAACUACUGCUGCCCCUUUAACCCCUGACCCUCCAACUACUGCUGCCCCUUUAACCCCUUACCCUCCAACUACUGCUGCCCCUUUAACCCCUUACCCUCCAACUACUGCUGCCCCUUUUAACCCCUUACCCUCCAACUACUGCUGCCCCUUUAACCACUUACCCUCCAACUACUGCUGCCCCUUUAACCCCUGACCCUCCAACUACUGACACUCCAACUACUGACACUCCAACUACUGGUUACCUAAAUGCUUCAGGACUUCCAACUACUGGUCACCCUACCUCUAUCACUAUCACCAGUACCAGUCUCCCUUCUACCACCACAACCACUCCUUUGGUCUGUAUCAAUGGUGGUGAGCUGCAGAGUGGAGACUGUAUCUGUCCUGAUGACCGGAGAGACCUGUUCAGAGGGUACAUCCACACACUUACACUAUACCCUACCCUGGAUCUCACAUUCAGACUCCACUCCACAAUACCACACUACUAUACCUAACCCUAGAUCUCACAUUCAGACUCCACUCCACAAUACUACACUACUAUACCUAACCCUGGAUCUCACAUUCAGACUCCGCUCUACAAUACUACACCACUAUACCUAACCCUGGAUCUCACAUUCACAGUACACACCACUACACUACUAUACCUAACCCUGGAUCUCACAUUCACGGUACAGACCACUACACUACUAUACCUAACCCUAGAUGUCACAUUCACAGUCCACAACACUAUUCCCUGGAUCUCACAUUCAGAAUGUACAUUUCAUGUUUGCAGUCAUACAUUUGGUCCAUGUUGAAAUGCAUUUUACUUCGAUAGGGAAUUUCUGCAAUUCCACCAUCACCUAUGGAUUAUCCUUCCCAAGAACAACGGUUGGCUGGUCUGCUUAUUCAGAACAACUGUGUGGUGAGGAGACAACCAGUGGUAUGUUACUUUUAUUCACCUAAAAUUACAAAAAUGUAUUCAUCUGUUACAGUCCUAAUUAAUGUUGCAUUAGGUAACACAAAAUCUUGAGUAUCUUUUUGUCUUGGUUCCUCCAGCCGGUUUACCAGAAGCCUCAGCAAGAUGUUUGAAUGACACUGGCUCUCCGAUGUUUGGUCCUCCUCAGGAGCUGCAGUGUGAAUUGACCCUCAGUGGCAUUCAAGGAAAUGUAAGUCAAUAUUCUUAUGAUCCUGAUUUAUGACCAGUCUCGAUUUUGCGUUCUUCUUUCUUUGGGUCAGUUACAGUUAUCAUUAUGAGGAGUCGAUCUUACAGUUUGAAGAUCAGUAACAACUGGCUUUUACCUUCAGCUCAUGUAUUCUGUUCCUUUAUUCUGCUUAACAGUUGAUGAGGAACAUUCAGUAGUGAGUGCAUACAUUUUCAUACUUUUGCCCUGUGGGAAUUGAACCCACAACCUUGGCGUUGCAAUUGCCAUUCUCUACCAACUGAGCCACAUAGUUAGUGUUGGCAAUUUUAAUAUCCCAAUGUACUCACAGUUCAGCAUGUUGCUGACACUUAUACAAUGUUCUGUUGAAAAAAAUAAAAAAUAAAAAUCUCUCUCCCUAUUCAGAUCUACAGCAGUUCAGGUGAUUUAGCACAGCUAGCCUUCAGUACUCAGAUCCUGACCUCCCAACCAGAGCGGCUAUCAGCUGACAACAUCACCACAGCAGCUCAGAUAGCUAACACUCUGCUUCAGUCUGUAAAUAUCACAGAGGUAUAACAUGUUUUCAAAUCAACUCUUGACUAUGACAUGUUCUGGAGAUAAAUGUGAGGUUGUUACUGCAGUGAUUCGAACACUUGAGGGUCAUCCCCUGGUUUUGAUCAUGUUGCAGGACAUCGCAGUGGCAGCUGUAACUACCAUCAGUCAGCUGCUGAAUGCCAGUGGGGAGAGUACACAGGAGAGUGAUGCUGUCCAGAGGUGUGUGUGUGUGUGCUGCAUAUGUUUGAGUUUAUGUGUGUACGUGUGUCUCUGUGCGUGUCUGCAUGGGUGCAUGUAAACUAAUGUUUUUCUGUGUUUCUCUCCCAGCCUCACAGAGACCCUGGAGAAGUUUUCCCUGUACCAGCACAGUGUUGUGUCCUUGGUGGUUCAGCCCAACCUGGUAGUCCAGUCUGUCCAAGUACCAAGUGACACAGUAGGGAUCCAGUUUAGUGCUCUGACUGGUGGGUGGGACUGCUAGUGAACCUACAUACUGGCAUUUAAAGUGAUAGUUUAUAUCUGUGUUGACAGACUGGUUAAAACUUCUCAUUAUUCAAAUGUUUCUCCUCUGCUGUUGGUCAAUAAGGUUUGGUAUGGAUUUGAUUUGUUGUACAUUUUACAUUUUAGUCAUUUUAGCAGACGCUCUUAUCCAGAGCGACUUACAGUUAGUGAGUGCAUACAUUUUUCUUUAUAGCGCCAUGCUCUACCAACUGAGCUACAGGAGGCCUGUACUACGGACAAGUGCAGAAGGAACACUAUAUUGUUCCUCUUUAAAUUUCUAAAUCAAAUUAAUCUCCUUCUCCAGGAAGUUCUGGUAAUUUUGUGGCCGACAGAAUUAAUCUCAACACCAAUACCUCUGAACUGAUAGCUGACAAAGGAGGUGCUACCGAUGUCCAGAUUGUCAUAAAAUUCACACCAGGUGAGCCAAUGUUGGUAUGCAAACAGUAUAUAAACUCAAGCUUCAAUUUCCUUGUAGAGCUUUCACCGAGAGCACUUAACUACUCUUUGUGGUCGCCAAAAUCAGGUCAGCAAUGCCAAAUUGAGUCACAUGAGAUAUGGAUAAGUAAACUAAUGAGAAGUAAUUUGGCAUCCACGAUAAGUCUACAAGGCAAAGUCAAGCUACUCAUGUAUAUGAAGUCCUGAGAUUAACACCAAUCUCUCUCUCCUCCCCCUCUCUUUCUCUCUCCCCCUUCUCUUUCUCUUCACCCCCUCUCACUCUCUUUCUCCCUCACUCCACUCAGUUUUACGUAAUAAAAACACAAACUACUCCAUUGGUUUUGUGCUCUACCAAAAUUACCGGUUCUUCAGGUCCAGGACUUUCACAGCUGCUUCAGGAACCAGCAGAAGGGUCAUCUCUGCUAACCUGGGACAAGUGUCUGGGUUGCAUGUUGAGAUGCUCUUCAAGCCCACAGUAAGAUUUAUCUUGGAAUCAGUAAACACAUAGUGGUCCAAAUUCUCUGAGAAACCUAAUGGGAAGUUUUCCAUUAUCUAAGUCACGUGUCAAACUCAUUCCACGGAGGGUCGAGUGGCUGUGGGUUUUCGCUCCUCUCUUGUAAGGAACUCCCCUCAUCUGAUUGUCUAGGUCUUAAAUUGAAAGGAAAAACCAAAAACCAGCAGACACUAGAAUGAGUUUGACACCCCUGAUCUAAGUUUUCCAUUUUACAGAGAGUUUAUUUCUGUUCUCACUUCUCAGGCUGUCCCCAACGCCUCCCUCUAUGACUUUGCCUGCGUGUGGUGGAACUACACGUUGAAAGACUGGAGCACCUCUGGCUGCUCCAAAGUCAACCACUCAGAAGACGGCCUGCGAUGUUUCUGUAAUCACACUACUAACUUCGCUGUGCUCAUGGUGAGUAGCUAGCUGCCUUCGGCUCCCUUUUACUGACCACACUUUGACCUGUGGAAGGGGUUCCCAAACUUUUUUGGCCCACGUCACCAUCUGAAAACUCUCAUGACCCCAAACAUGUGAAUUUCUUUUUUUGUAAUUAAGAGCCUAUGUUUACUUUUUUAUUAUGACAGUUAAUUGCAAAACAUUCUAACAGUAUUUCUGAUUGCAUUCUCAACUCACCAUCACAUACUUUUAAUGUGGGUCUAUGACAGUCAAUAGCAAAGUGGUCUGACAUAAUGUCUCUUAUCUCAUCACCACUAAUGAGAUGAUGAGAUCAGAGACCUGAUGCAUGUCGCAUUGGAGCUUCUCAAAGUCAGGGGGUGUGGUUGACAGUGCCCACCUCAUCUCUGCUGUCACUUCCAACCUGGAUCGAUAUUUGGUUCUAAUGCAGACGAGUGCACUAAAUCCAGCCUCACACAGAUAUGAGCUGGCAAAGGGUACCAUGAGUUUUAAUGCUCGGAGAGAGACAGCAGGGUAUUCCCUUUGAGUCAGGAACCAAAAUGGGUUAUCUGCAGCAUUCGGUCAUAUGACGGCUCGAUAAGCUUUCGAUUUCACUUACAGGCAUGUCAACUGAGGCAGGAUCACAGUCAAACAGAUUUCUCUCCAAUAAGAAGUCUUUCCUCUGAAUCCACUGAUUCGGUCACUCACCUGUAGAAUGUUUUUGUAUUUCCCCACGCAUGCUUGCGUUCAGUUCGUUCAGUUUCCCAAAUAUGUCAGUUACAAAGGGAAGGAGACACAUUUUCUUUUCAUUACACAGAAAGUCAAGUCUAUUUUUUUUUAAACCAUUCGUUACCAUGGAAUCUGUUUUUCUUCAGUAUAGCCAUGCAGCGCAUCCUCUGUACAGUUUCAUGCUUGAGAAUCGUGAGACAGAACAAUACGUCCUCGUGAAUAGCAUCCCCCGACAGGUAGCGAACAAAAUAAUAUGCAUGGGCAUCUCGGCCCUCACAACUAACGUCCAUUUGGAAAGCAAAAGCUGGGGAUUAUUUGAGUGGUUCUGUAGGUUUCAUUUGGAUUGCUAGCUAUAGCAUAAAUUCUUCAUUUUACAGUGUUAUCUGACAAAGGUAUUGAUUAGUGUUUCUGCGCCUCGGUAUCCCCACACCUUGUUUUCACCAUAUUGAUUGUGGCGGUAAUAUCUCUGAAAUAGUGUGUGGUUUCAUUCUGUAGUGGGCCUAGCCAUUCACCUGGGAAUAGGGUGACCACAUGUCCCAGAUUGUGCGGGACAGUCCAGCAUUUUGGCCCUUUGUCCCGCAACUAAACAAUCAUGUCCCGCAUUUUAUCAACAAAUUCAAACGCCACCAAUUGUAGAAAAAACGUUGAUUUGUCCAGUAUUUCAGUCAGACAUUCCAACUUGUUUCUUGCAGUCACGUUGCCCUUAUGAAAAAGUAUCAUAAGGAUGUGGUAGCCAUGGUGAUGUUAAACAGUUCUCCAAUCAUUGUUGAGAUGUGGUAUUCUUUGCAGCAGAAGAGGAGACAUAGGCCAAUGUCAUAGGCCUAUCGUCAACAAAUAUUUCUCAAAUCCUUUCAGGCUAAAUUCCUGCUAAACUUGGAGAGGACAGUUAAUUUCCACCUUGUUACUCACAGAUUGUAUAAAACAUCUAAUUGAUUGGCUGCAAGUUCAACAAUAUCUCAUAGUUAGGUCUCCUAACUACUUACAAAAAGCUAGAAAAGUAGGUAAAUAGCCACAUUAGACUGAAAGAUAUAAUCAUAGCAGUGGGAAGUAAGGUGCUGCAGCACCCCGUGAAAAAUCACAAUGACAUAAUAAUUGUCACACCCUGGCUCUGGGGACUCUAAUAUGUUGAGCCAGGGUGUGUAGAGUCUAUGUGUUUUUGUUCUAUGUCGUAGAUCUAGUAUUGUGUUUCUAUGUUGGCCAGUGUGGUUCUCAAUCAGAGGCAACGAGUAUCAGCUGUUGCUUGUUGUCUCUGAUUGGGAGCCAUACUUAAGCAGCCAGUUUUCCCACAGUGUUGUGGGAUCUUGUUCCAGUUGGUUUGUGUUAGUACCAUUGGACUUCACGUAUCGUUUGUUGUUUUGUUUAUCGUGUGUGCACUUAAUAAAUUAAGAUGUACGAAUAUCACGCUGCGCCUUGGUCCUCCUCCUUCGACGAUCGUGACAGAAGAUCCCACCAAAACAGGAGCAAGCAGCGUGUCCAGGAGCAAGCGCCGGGUAAGGAGCUGGAGAGGUUGGCGAUGGCCCAGGUGGGCCAAUGGUGGUCCUGGGAGGACAUGCUCACGGGGAAAGGGCCAUGGGCUAAAGUUAAGGCUCUGGCGAGAGAGGAGCAACGGCGUCAACAGUGUCGUCGUCGGACGGACGAGAGGCAACCCCAAAACAUUUUUAGGGGGGGGCACACGGCAUGGGCGACGGGGCAGCAGGAGGCAGCUACAGGGCAUAUUGGGAGAAUAGGAGAGGAGGCCACCAGGUUAAGGGGGCUAUUGGUCCAGAGGGAGCAGGAGUUAGUGGUUCAGAGGGAGGAGUUACUGGAGGCGAUAAGGGAGAAGGAGAGAGUAGAGGCACGGCGAGAGGAACUGUGUAGGCAGCUGAGGGAGUGGAGGGUUAUGAAGAAACCCAGUCCCGCUCCUCACACCAAGCAAGUGAUGUGUGUCACCAGUCCGGUCCGGCCCGUUCCUGCUCCCCGCACUAAGUUAGUGGUGCGUGUUCCCAGUCCGGCCCGACCUGUUCCUGCUCCCCGCACCAAGCCUAUGGUGCGCGUCGCCAGCCCGGCCCGGCCUGUUCCUGCUCCCCACACCAAGCCAAUGGUGCGCGUCGCCAGCCCGGCCCGGCCUGUUCCUGCUCCCCGCACCAAGCCAAUGGUGCGCGUCGCCAGCCCGGUCCGGCCUGUUCCUGCUCCCCGCACCAAGCCAAUGGUGCGCGUCGCCAGCCCGGCCCGGCCUGUUCCUGCCCCUCGCACCAAGCCAAUGGUGCGCGUCGCCAGCCCGGCCCGGCCUGUUCCUGCUCCCCGCACCAAGCCUAUGGUGCGCGUCGCCAGCCCGGCCCGGCCUGUUCCUGCCCCUCGCACCAAGCCAAUGGUGCGCGUCGCCAGCCCGGCCCGGCCUGUUCCUGCUCCCCGCACCAAGCCUAUGGUGCGCGUCGCCAGCCCGGCCCGGCCUGUUCCUGCUCCCCGCACCAAGCCAAUGGUGCGCGUCGCCAGCCCGGCCUGUUCCUGCUUCCCGCACCAAGACAAUGGUGCGCGUCACCAGCCCGGUUCUGCCUGUUCCUGCUCCCCGCACCAAGCCAAUGGUGCGCGUCGCCAGCCCGGCCCGGCCUGUUCCUGCUCCCCGCACCAAGCCAAUGGUGCGCGUCGCCAAACCGGUCCGGCCUGUUCCUGCUCCCCGCACCAAGCCAAUGGUGCGCGUCGCCAGCCCGGCCCGGCCUGUUCCUGCCCCUCGCACCAAGCCAAUGGUGCGCGUCGCCAGCCCGGCCCGGCCUGUUCCUGCUCCCCGCACCAAGCCUAUGGUGCGCGUCGCCAGCCCGGCCCGGCCUGUUCCUGCCCCUCGCACCAAGCCAAUGGUGAGCGUCGCCAGCCCGGCCCGGCCUGUUCCUGCUCCCCGCACCAAGCCUAUGGUGCGCGUCGCCAGCCCGGCCCGGCCUGUUCCUGCUCCCCGCACCAAGCCAAUGGUGCGCGUCGCCAGCCCGGCCUGUUCCUGCUUCCCGCACCAAGCCAAUGGUGCGCGUCGCCAGCCCGGCCCGGCCUGUUCCUGCUCCCCGCACCAAGCCUAUGGUGCGCGUCGCCAGCCCGGCCCGGCCUGUUCCUGCUCCCCGCACCAAGCCAAUGGUGCGCGUCGCCAGCCCGGUCCGGCCUGUUCCUGCUCCCCGCACCAAGCCAAUGGUGCGCGUCGCCAGUCCGGCCCGGCCCGUUCCUGCUCCCCGCACCAAGCCAGGGGUGCGCGUCGUCAGCCCGGUCCGGCCCAAUCCUGCUCCCCGCACCAAGCCUGUGGUGCGCAUCGUCAGCCCGGUCCGGCCCGUUCCUGCUCCCCGCACCAAGCAAGGGGUGCGCGUCGUCAGCCCGGUCCGGCCCGUUCCUGCUCCCCGCACCAAGCCAGGGGUGCGCGUCGUCAGCCCGGUCCGGCCCAUUCCUGCUUCCCACACCAAGCCUGGGGUGUGUGUCGUCAGUCCGGCACAGCCCGUGCCCGGUUCACCGGUGCCUGGUCAGGUACCGGUCAGCUGCUCCACACCGGAGCCUAAGCAAUCCGCUCCAACGAUGUCCAGUCCAGCUCCAGCCAGCGGGGCCAGACCGGACCAGGGGCGCUACGGGGGGAUUGUUGGAGGGUGGUGGUCAAGCCCGGAGCCGGAACCGCCUCCGAGGAGGAAUGCCCACCCAGCCCUCCCCUGUUCGGUUAUGUUUAGGCGCGGUCGCAGUCCGCGCCUUUGGGGGGGGGGGGGGUACUGUCACACCCUGGCUCUGGGGACUCGAAUAUGUUGAGCCAGGGUGUGUAGAGUCUAUGUGUUUUUGUUCUAUGUCGUAGAUCUAGUAUUGUGUUUCUAUGUUGGCCAGUGUGGUUCUCAAUCAGAGGCAACGAGUAUCAGCUGUUGCUUGUUGUCUCUGAUUGGGAGCCAUACUUAAGCAGCCAGUUUUCCCACAGUGUUGUGGGAUCUUGUUCCAGUUGGUUUGUGUUAGUACCAUUGGACUUCACGUAUCGUUUGUUGUUUUGUUUAUCGUGUGUGCACUUAAUAAAUUAAGAUGUACGAAUAUCACGCUGCGCCUUGGUCCUCCUCCUUCGACGAUCGUGACAAUAAUACAUAUUUUCACUAAAGUAGUGCAUUGGGCCUUUACUAGUCCUGUAUUAGCAGACCGAUAUAACCGUUUUUAUAGUGCGGGCAAAAAAAUUAAACAUGAAGAAUUAUCAUUCACAAUUGACAGUGAUGAUGCAUUGGCCUAUUUUGAAAUGAUGUAUCGGGUAGGCUACACUGUCCCGCAAAGUCAUCCUGUUGUCCCGCGUUUGUGUAUUUUAAAUGUGGUCAUCUUAAGUGGGAAUGAUUCAAGUGCAACGGUCAAGUGCUGCCUUUUCUCACGAUCUAAGGGCGCUCUCUGGUUGAAUUUUAUGUUUUAGAUUUGAAUAAUUUUCAUUCAGAUUUUUAAGGUUAACCACAUUAUAAUGAUUUUGAGAUACAAAGACAAUAUUAUAAUAUUUUAUACAAAUUACUAUUAUAUAUAUAUAUAUAUAUAUAUAUAAUUUUUUUUUUUUGUAUGAUUUUGGAAAUUCUCCUGCCAUCCCAUUUUCAUAUCAGGCGAACCCACAUCAGGUCGCGACCCCUAGUGUUGGAACCGCUGACCUAUAGUUUACCGCAGCAUAUCCAGACACAUGAGGGAGAUGACUUUAUACAGUAUGACUGUGACAAACUUAGUGUUGAAUUUUUCUUUUUUAUUUUCUUGCUACAGUCGUUCAGGAGGGAUUUUAAAUACGCUGAAGCUCUAAACUGGGUCACCAUAUUGGGAUGCUCCAUGUCCAUCAUAGGGUUGAGUUUAACAAUAACAUUCCAGAUCGCAACC